ACCAAGAAAGAAAGACCCUUUUUCUCUUUUACCUUAUUCUUGAUUUUUCCACCUCAAAGCAACUCCUUUCCCCCCCUCAAUACCAAUCUUUUAAAUAACAAAAAACAAAUUUUGAGCUCAAGAAUUUGUUCCCUUCUCCAAAUGGGAUUCUCGAAGAAGCACCAAAUCGAAAUGGGCAAGGACUCGGAAGCCAAGAAAUGGGUCAUAGCCGGAAUCGCAAUUAGGGCUCCAUUAAAACCGAUCUCAACAAAACCUCGAGACGACUGCAGCGGCGAAGACGAGGGCGGCGCGUGCUCCACAACCCCGACGGCGCGUGAGUCGAGGAUACCGGAUAAGCUGCCCUGCCCGCCGCCGCCGAGGAAGCGCCGCCCCGUCUCCACGUGCCACUUCAACGGAGCCAGAGAUUUCUUCAAUCCGCCCGAGCUGGAAUCCAUAUUCAUGUGCCACGCUGGCAGAGCCAAGUGAUGACGACUUCGGAUUUUUAAGGUUUUUUUUUUCUUUUGUGAUGAUAUCAAGUGAAGGGGUUUGAGUGCCUUAAGGUUUAAGACCCCUUUUUGUUUUUAUUUAUUAUCACUUUUUUUUUCUUUUCUUUUUAAGGUUUUUAAUUUUCUUGGGUUUCAGUUUGUAGCUUGUUAGCAGCUUAGAAAGCUUCAGAAGUUAGCAGUUUGGAUUACUAGUUUUUUAGCUAGGAUUUGGUUAUAGUAAUAAUGUAAUGUAUAAAUACAGUAUAUUUUGGCA